AUGAGAUCUGUGGUGCAGGCUAUACUUGAGCAGAACGAGGCGGUCAGCCGGGGCGUUCUCCCGUACGUUGACGACCUUCUCGUGAAUGAGGACGUCAUCUCCGCGGAGCAGGUUGCAGAGCACUUCUCCCGGUACGGCCUUGUCUGCAAGCCACCGCAGCGCCCGGCUGACGGCGCUCGAAUGCUGGGGCUGCAGGUGAGCUGUUCGCGCUCGGGAGAGCUGCAGUGGCGCCGGGACAACCCCGUCGGCGCACCGCCAGAGGUGAUGACGCGCAGGGCGCUGUUUGCAUGGUGCGGCCAGCUGGUUUCCCACCUUCCAGUGGCCGGCUGGCUGCGUCCAGCUGCGGCUUGGCUAAAGAGACGGGCUAAUGCUCUCAGUCAGGGCUGGGAUGACCCCAUCGAUGACGCGGACCUGCGCGCUCAAGUCAGCCAAGUGGCUGAAAGGGUGACCUCCAAUGACCCGGCCCGUGGACCCUGGAGGCUGACGGGUGAAAAGCUGACCGUAUGGACAGACGCCAGCAGCCUCGCCUCGGGCGUCGUCCUGGAGGAUCCGGAAGGCGGCGUAGUGGAGGACGGGAGCUGGCUGCGGCCGGAGACUAAGGCAGCCAUGCAUAUAAAUAUGGCUGAGCUGGACGCGGCGCUCAGCGGCGUCAACAUGGCGAUCGCGUGGGGGAUCAGAGUGAUCGAUCUCCGCACGGACUCGGCGACCGUUCAUAAGUGGGUCGGUGACGCACUGAGCGGCCGGUCGCGUUUCCGGACAAAAGCUCAUGCCGAGAUGUUGAUUCGCCGACGGGUGGACAUCAUCCGUGAGCUGGUGACUGAGUUCCAGUUGACGAUCACCAUCAAGCUGGUCAAGUCAGAUGAAAAUCCGGCGGACGAGAUGACACGCGUGCCCAAGGAAUGGCUUCGAGCCUGCAGGGCAGAGGAGGAGACGGCAACGGCGACAGGCGCGGUGCCGGUGGCGGCUGCAGUGGCGCCGGACGGAGAGUCCACACACCCCGACACGGCUGCAAAAAUUCGAGCGGUGCACGAGAACAUUGGACACCAGGGUGUCAGGCGCACGCUCUGGUAUUUGCGGCGUGACGGAGAGCAGUGGGCCACUAAGCCAGCGGUGCGCGCAGUGAUUCGGACGUGUGACGUGUGUCAGUCAAUCGACCCGGCACCGACCCGCUGGCGACACGGGUCACUGGGCGUUCAACUGACCUGGGAGCGUCUCGCCAUCGAUGUCACACACUACCGUGGCGAUCACUAUCUGACCGUGGUCGACUGUGGUCCGUCCCGCUAUGGAAUAUGGCGGCGAUUGCGCCGGUCAGAUGCGGCCGAGAUCACUGCUCAUCUCGAAACCGUCUUUCUGGAGCACGGGGCGCCAGCAGAACUACUUCUGGAUAACGCCACUGAGUUCCGUGGUCGCCGCAUGGGAGCGUUCGCGGCGAGGUGGGGCGUGACCCUUCGGUUCAGGGCGGUACACGAGGCAGACUCUGAGCGGAGAGCCGGCUUUAGGGAGGGCGACCUGGUGUGGGUGCGGCGCCGCGGGCCCGCGACCCGCUGUACUGACGUUUCCCGGCCUGGCACCGUCACACGCAUCGUGACCGACCAUCUUAUCGAAGUUGACGGUGCUCCGUGGCACGUUAGGUGCGUGCGCCACCGGCACACGGGGCAGCUGGCGGCGGCCGAUCCCCCAAUCGAAGACGACAGUGAGCCGGCUUUGUCGCUCGGUGCGUCAGAGCAUUCAUCGGCAGUCAGCGAGACUGAUCCCUCUGUAGAGGUGGAGCUGCCGCGGCCGACCUCUGAUGAGCCACCGGCUCAGAACAGUACUGAACCGCGACGUAGCGCGAGAGUGGGGGCUCCGCCAGAACGCUUCGGGGUAGUAGUACCGAAUAAUAUCGGCUAA